UAAUUUUUUUUUGUGAUGCACUUUUUUUCAUUCACCUCCUUGCUAUUUAUAGGCAAGGAGGUGAGUAACCACCAAGCAAUUAGUUUGGCCAAGUUUUUUUUUUUUUAAUAAAUACCGUGGGAUCUACCAUGUGAAGGAACUGCCAACAAGAAACACCUCUUUUCAACCCAGGAUUAUAGUCUUUUUAUAGAGCUGUUAUUGCAGAGUUGAUUGCAACCCUUCUCUUCCUGAAUGUCACCAUAGCUACUGUUAUUUGCUACAAGAAACAAACUGAAACGUGUGAAAGUGUUGGCCAUUUAGGCAUUGCACGGUCUUUUGGCAGCAUGAUUUUCAUUCUUCUUUACUGCAAUGCUGGAAUAUCAGGUUUUGGCAGCCUCCUCAAUAGGGUUUGCAGUGUUUAUGGUGCACCUAGCUACCGUUCUUAUAACAGGCACGGGAAUCGAUCCGGCUCGUAGCUUUGGGGCUGCUGUUACAUUUAACAACGAAAAAAUCUGGGAUGACCAGUGGAUGAACAGUGGAUUUUCUGGGUGGGGCCAUUUGUUGGAGCACUUGCUGCAGCAAUCGAUCACCAGCACAUAUAGAGAGUCGCAGCCAUAAAAGCAUUAGGAUCUUCAACACUAAUCCCACAAACCAAUCUAUAGUUCGAUAUAUGGUCUUAAAGAAUGGUGUUCCACACCUAAUUCAUCAUUUGCAAUCUCCUUGGUAUGGCUGACAGCCAUCGACCAUGUCUAAUUCUUUAUUCCUACAUGCUCUAUUCCUACAUAGUGCAGUUCAUAUAUAUAUAUAUACUAUUGCCUGACUGGUGGUUGUGAGCUUGUGUAUGCGGCAGUGGGGACUUAAUUGUGUAUCUUCGAGGUUAUCUUUAAUGCGAUGAAAUGU